AUGGCACUCGAUUUGCAGCUGGAGGAGAGCUGCAGAGAGGGAAAAGACUGCGCAGUGGGAAAUUAGAUGAAUGCACAGGUACAACAGUGGACGACCCCAGACGGAUAAACGAGUUCCAAAAUAAAUAGUUUGAACUUUUAGAUUGGAUUAUUGCCAAAAGUAGGGAAUAGAUCUGCAGUAGAGGGGGAGAGGAAGACAAGAUGUGCUGCGUCCGUGGCGCCACUGGUGCGCUAUCCGGGGACGGCGACGCACUGACACCCCGCGUUUAGAUGGCUCCAACAUUUGGGGUGCAAAACAGGUGUCAGGGAAGUGUCGUCACGAACCCCGGAAGCCGGAGGAGGUGGGAACAUCAGAGGGAAAGAUGGCAGCGAAAUCCGAUGGUCGCGGGGUCGUCACCGGUUUCGCCCAGCUGCACAACCUGGACGAGGUGGUGGGGACGGGAGAGGAUGACAAUCGGAACAGCAGCUCUUUCCAUAUCUGCCACUGCUGCCACACCUCGUCGUGCUACUGGGGCUGCCGGAGCGCCUGCCUGCAUUACCUCCGGGGGAAGGGGAAGGGGAAGGGGAGAGAUUCGGCGCGGCCACCGCAGGAGGAGCGCCUCUGGCUGGACUGCCUGUGGAUCAUCCUAGCGCUGCUGGUCUUUUUCUGGGACGUGGGGACCGAUUUGUGGCUGGCCAUUGACUAUUACCACAAGCAGGAGUUCCUGUGGUCAGGCCUGACCCUGUUCUUCGUGCUGGUGCCCUCGGUCCUGGUCCAGAUCCUGAGCUUCAGGUGGUUUGUGCAGGAUUACACUGGAGGAGGACUGGGCUCCGUGGAGGGGCUGAGUAACCGGAGAGUUUCAAGUCUGCAAAGAGACAGGUGUUGCCUCCUCUCUGUCUGGGUCUGGCAGACCGUCAUACACAUCUUUCAGUUGGGACAAGUGUGGAGGUACAUCCGCACCAUGUACCUCGGUAUACAGAGUCACCGGCAGAAGGAGAACCAGCGGCGUUUUUACUGGGCUAUGAUGUACGAGUAUGCCGAUGUCAACAUGCUGCGACUGCUGGAGACCUUCUUAGAAAGCGCCCCUCAGAUGGUGCUGCAGCUCUGCAUUAUGAUCCAGAGCAACAAUGCUGAGUGGCUGCAGUGUCUUUCAACCAUGUCCUCCCUCCUGUCCCUGGCCUGGGUGCUAGCUUCUUACCACAAACUCCUGCGUGAUUCACGUGACGACCAGAAGAGCAUGAGUUACCGAGGUGCCCUGGUGCAUCUGUUCUGGCGCCUUUUUACCAUCUCCUCACGGGUGAUCUCCCUUGCCCUAUUUGCCUCGGUUUUCCACAUAUACUUUGGCAUUUUUGUGGUGCUCCAUUGGUGUGCCAUGGCUUUCUGGGUCAUCCAUGGCGGCACCGACUUCUGCAUGUCCAAGUGGGAGGAAGUACUGUUCAACAUGGUGGUGGGGGUGGUCUAUGUCUUCUGUUGGUUCAAUGUACGCGAGGGCCGGACGCGGUACAGAAUGGUGACCUAUUAUACAGUAGUGCUGUUAGAGAACGCCAUCCUAAGCCUCCUUUGGUAUGCGUAUCGUGACCCAGUCACCACUGACGCCUAUGCCGCUUUUGCCCUCUGUGGUGUCUUCCUGUGCUUUGCCUCAGGUGUGGCCUGUAUGGUUCUCUAUUACGGGGUCCUACACCCCAUGGGCCCCCGGCUGAGGGUGCUGGCCAGCUCAUGCUGCGCUGAGCUUCUUUGGGGCCUUCCAUUACCCCCCGAGGCCGAGCCCAUGGCUCCCACACCUGGACCGCGUGGUUCUCAGGCCACCCCCACACGGGGUCUGGCAGGGGAAUAUGAGGAGUCAGAUGAAACACCCACGGACACCUGCCUACCGGUUUUCCAGGUGAGGUCCACAGAGCCUGUGGAUGCCACUGGCAGGCCCAUCCAGCCCGAGGGUCCUCUCAUUAAGAUAGACAUGCCCAGAAAACGCUACCCAGCAUGGGAUGCACACUUUGUGGAUCGGCGCCUGCGCAGGACCAUAAAUGUGCUGCAGUACAUUAGCCCUAACGCGGUGGGCAUCAGGUAUAGGGACGGUCCACUUCUCUAUGAACUCCUGCAGUACGAAUCCUCCCUCUGAAGGCAUCUUCUCCCACAGCUCUGCCAACGUCCUCUUACACACUACGAUGCACAUACUUAUCCUUUCUUGGACUAUGCUCUUCCUCCUCUCCAGAUAUUAUCUCUUUCCAUUUGACACACUGCUAUCUCCUUCUCUCCUCUCUGAUCAUUCUAUUUUCCUGCAAGAGAUGUGUGUCGAGACGGUCGAAACACACAGCCAUGAUUUAUUUUUGGAAAAGAAACAUACAGUACAGAGAUCAAAUCAUGAACCUCCAGUAUCUGAUACAGAAGAAUCAUGUAAAUCCCUCUACAUUGAUAUAGGAGGGUUCUGUAUGCGUGUGUAGAUAAAAUAUGAAUGUUUCAUUAUGAAAUGUGUUUAAUACAUUAUACUGUAUUGGUGAUUCAACCUGUGAAUACUUUUGAAGGGCAUAUUGUAUGUCCCUGUGACAUGGGACUGGCGCAAAGGCUGAUGGGAAUGAUGGAGGAGAGUCUCAAAGGGGGCAGGUCUUUGCACAUCCCAACAUUUACUGCCAUUCUUUAUGUAAAUGAUUGUACUGUAUGAUAAUGUUUACUAAUUCCUUAGCCCGUGAAUUGAAAAGCACUGAAAUCGCGAUACUGUAAAUAACAAAAAGGACACAAUCAAAGAUAUGUCCAGAAGAAGCACUUCAAAAUGGAUUAUCCCUCUGUGAGCCAUACGUGGCUCAAGUGGAACCUGGCCGUACUAUUUUUGUUCAAAACCCUUAAUCAUAAUCGCAUCAUGUAUGGAAGGAAAAAGAAGCACACCGACCUUCAAUCAGUUCCACCCACAUAUAUAAUUUCAACAGUGCAGAUUGCCCUCCAGUGGAGGCGAACUGGAACGGCAUGCCUUACAUGGUUAUUUUUGCCCGUAAUUGUGACAGCACAAAUAUUAAAGAAAAACACAAUGAAAGGAAAGUAGAAUGUAAUGGAAAUGAGCACAACAUUUUCUGAAUUGGUGGGUAUAUCAUAAUUAAACAUUCCAAUGACUUUUUUAAAGAUUGUAGGGGUUUAGUAAAGGGUAGAAGGGUAUAAAUGUGUUAACACACAUUUUUGUUUGAAUUGCAAAGACAGCCUUCAAGGAAUCCUCCACCAUUCCCUUCUGAAUCCUAGAAAGUACAGCCUCCCUAUUUUGUUUUCUAAUCAACAAAUGUUAGGGUUGAUAAUAUAUGCUUAUCGGGUGCAAAGACUCGUAAUAAGUUCUUUAAAAAAAAGACAACUAGGAGAAGAUAUUUCUAUGCUAUUAUACUUCAGUGCGUUUUUGUGUCCUCAUUUAUAGUCAUUGAUACAUUGACAUCUAUAUUUUGCCAGAACACAAACUUUUUACAUAACAACAAUUGUUGUGCAGUGCAGUGUUAAAAGUUAUACUCCUCAACAUCAGUGUGCCCUCAAGAGUUUAUACUCUAAUAUGGGUGUACAGGUCAACUGUUUUGGCACUGCUAGUGCAGUUGAAACAAAGCCAAAUUGCAUCUUACAGAACUGUCUUUCCAUCGUAUCUGCCCCCUUGAACCAGUAGAAUGAGUCCUUGCUAAACAUUAACAUAUAUAGGCCUGCUGUAAAGUGAGUACACACAACAUCUCCCAGCUGAACCUGCGGGAGUUCUUCACUACGGAUACACUUGGGACGGCCACUGUAUUUACUCAUGACAAUAAUGAAAUCAAAUAUUUAAAAAAAGAUGCCUUCGAGGUCAAAGGAGUUUGACUAAAACUCCCAGAGAGGGCUACUAAACAAUUUAUUUAAAAAAUGAAUGCAUUUCAUACUCCAAUUGUAUCUAUUUACUCAAUGAUUCAUCCAAAUAUAUAAUGUGUGUUUUCUACAUUGUUUGGCAUGACGUUAGUAUGAGGCAUUAGUACCAAUGCACCCAACCAGGGAUGACCAAGAGCCCUACGCAAAGCAGAGAUUCCUUUCUCCUGGCUCACAGGCUUUCUGCUUAGCUGUGGCCAAAUGUGCCUACUAACAUCGUACUGUAAAAGGCAGAUGCCACGUUAAGUCCAGGCCAAAGGUGAGAGGGGGUUUUUGCCAGGGAUGGAAAUGAACAUGAGGACAGAACUUGAGAAAGGUCUUAACUGAAUUAUGCUGUAUGACUCUUCGUAUGCUUGUGUAAGAAAGAUGGGUGUUUUAUUGUUAGCGCGUGCUGUGCAACCUACAGUUUGUGUUUGGGAUUUAAGUGUGUUUGCGUGGUGGUGUGUAUGCAUGCGUGUCAUGUGUAUCUCCUGAGCCCUUUUCCACAGUUCUGUCCUCUCGCCGAAAGUUCGGCUCCACCCUUGGUUGCUGCUCUGCCCUCUUCCCAAUCCCUGCGUUGCUGGGCCUUGGUGCACUCCCAUGACACACUCUCACACUUUCUGGUAACUGAACAACGGGGUUGAGGCUGAACAACUGGAGAUCCUGGCAUGAGAACAUGCAAUGAGGUACACUGCCAUAACCAAGAGCUUCAACAUCCAGGGUCUGCCACCCUUCAGCUUAAAGCGAUGUUCAGCCCUGAGUAAUAUUUAACUGUUGGGUCAGCUAGGGUGGAGCAAACAUCCAACACCCCAUAUGUUUUGAUAUACAUGAGUAUGCAAACAACCAAGUUGUUCAUUGUUUACCAUAGCAGCCAGUAGUUCUCUUUGUUGUAGUGAAUUAACAGCCAUGUUAAUAGCAAGCCAAUUAAUGUAAAAAAAUAUUGUUGGACUUAAAAAAAAAAACUAAGCAAAACAGCCAAUACAGGGGUUCCUCAGGACCAACAACCAAGACCACUAUACCAGCUGACUCAGGGGUGUCUCAAUGCAGUUCUCAUCCCCAGGCAUGUCCUCCAUUUUUUCCUUACAAAAUUGCAUCCUGGACCACUGGGAUUGCACCACUUAAUUAUGGUUUGCACCAUAAUAAUAUUUGUUUUAAUGGGAAUGGUUGCUCAUUCUUAUUAUUGGUGGGGGGAUAGGCCGUUUUUUGUGGUAGUUGGCUGCCUGGCAAACACUGCUGACAUUUUACAGACAUGGACAUAAGUCCAAAUCAGGUGCAAAUACACUGUGAUUAAUUCAUUUUUGUGCGGGUGUGUUUGUGUGGGAGUACGGUAGUAUAUAUUAUAACAACCAAGAUUAUGUACAAUUGGGCUGCAUUUCAUCUUGUGGUGCUUAAUGUUGUAUAAUGCAGAGUAUUUAUGCUUGCUUAGCUGUGUCAUAUGAAUAAAAGUAAUUACAGUUAAUUACAUUGUUGAUUUUAAUUAAGUAUGUGAAGAGUCUAAAUGUACAAGUCUAGAUUUUUAUGAAACAUGCAGUAUAUUUUACUUAUUUCUACAGAACAAUCACAUUAUUGCCACAUUCUGUGUAUUUUUAAACAAAUUAGCUAGAAGCCCAAUAAGUGGGUUUUAAUUUAGUAUUUUUAAUGUUUUCCUUAAUUAUACACAGGUUUCAAAAGCUAAGCUACACAAGGGUUGCAUUUGGAAACGUUACCAAAUAAUAUUAUAUUUGGCCGCCACACUUUACAAUAUGAACAAGGUCACAAAGAAAUCCCCUGUUUCUGUCAGGUUACAAGCCCACAUCUUUCAACUGACACAACGCACAAGAGUGUUUAAGUAGCAAGCUUGUUCUACUCAGUCCUUGUUGUGCCUUGUUACUUUGGGUGCUUCAAUCCAGCCAUGGCAGCCAGGCCCGCAAACAACAAUGCCAAUUUGUUUCUUUACUUGUUCCAUGUGCCAGCCCACUCAUCAAGAUGGUGACAACACCAAACAAUAUUCUUCCUGUUUGUCUCUCCAAACCAAAUCAAGCCAAGUUCUCAAUUUUGUCACCUCAUUUGACAACUCCAUUUAAUCUUACUAUUUCAUUUAAGUUGACAUCCACAGUUGCACUGUUUCCUCGUUACAGUGUUACAACUAAUAACAGAGUGAAAGAACCAAGUGGUGCGUAUGUCAAAGACAUGGGAGGAGAAGUAAGGCAAUACUGAACACCUUCUGUACUUGAACGUGGGGUUCCUCAUCUAUAUUACGUUGGAGCAAGCUGAAAUACAACAGCCCCAGUUAAUUCAGCAAGUUACAAUUAGCAGUUUGGACUAAGCUCUAAAGUGUUAGUUUUGGACUGUUUGAUGGAAACUCUUAACAGAUGCCAGCCACGGUACCGAGCGAUUUGGUCAAUGAUUGUUUUGUACUUUUGUCUAUGCCUUUACAUCUACUUCUGUCUUGCAAUGAUGAAUGAUUUGUGGUGCCAAGACGUAAAGUUUCUGUGUCGUUUGUCUUGUGUGAAAAAUACAUCCUCUAGCCAAAACAAUAAUGCCUGCAGUUGGAUUUGAACGAGAGUCAAUGAUGACAAAAUGCGCAAAAAAAACAUUUAUGUUGCAUAAAUGUUGCUUACAAUGUAAGGAUUAACAGGCCUGAUCACUAUUUCACUUUUAAAUAACCUGAUUUUCUUGUUUUCCUACCACCUCCCAGCAUGCCUUUGGAAGUCAUUGUGAGGUGACCCUCAACAUUUAGCAUGUAAGUGCUCUCGACUGCACAACAAACCCUCUGAUUUCUGCAUUAAUAUGUAGCAGCAGGUCAGUGUCUGUACCUUUGUGUCAUGACUCAUGGCCAUCUCUUUGACCACUGGAGCAGUAUGUUCAGAAGAUAAAAUGGUGCAUUUUCUUCUUUUAUUUUUGAUUCCGGUUUGAUUUAUGUUAAUAACCUGGUGCUGAAUAAAUACAUUUAAAAAGGUGCUACUACUGUGGACUGCAGUCCACUUUUUAGCUUUCUGAUAGCAUAGCCUUCCAGUUGACUGAGAGGGCCUUCGCCCCACAUACUUGCAGUCUCAAAAUGCUUGAGCGCUAGCACCUUACAGCCACAUAGUUUACAGCAGACUUCAACUCUCAAUGGUGCCAUUUUGAUUUCCUAACUUGCUCAAAAAACGAGUGACUCUCUGCAUUUAAUGUUUAAUAUACUGGUUUAAGCAUAGAGUAUGUUUUUCGUCUACUAUGAUUCAAUCUGCACUAGGAUUUUUUUAUUUCUUUUCUCUGAGAGAGAAUGAAACUGGCAGAUAAAUGCAUCUUUAUGGCAGACGAACAGGAUCACAAAUGCUACCUACUGGAGUUUGGGUUAAAAAAAUAGAACGUGAUUGCUGUGUUGUAAAUUCCUGUCAUCUAUAUGUCCUUAAUCUGUGUGUAUCUACUUUUUGUUGUUAUUGUAGAAUUGGCUGUAAUAUUUUUGUUUAACAUGGAUUUGAUAUUCCAAUUAAGCGACUAUGGUUGUUAUAUUAAUUGCUGCUGAUUUUUGAAAUAGUUAUCAAAUUGUGUUGGGAAAUAAUGCUUUGUUUAUAUUCAAUCAAUUUCUAGAUUGUGUUAGCUUGUUGGUGUAUUUUACAAAUCAGGAUAUUUCCUAGACCAUUAUUAUUUUUUCCAGGGUAUUCCAAAUGUUGGCACAAUGUCAGAAAGCUAAUUUGCUACAAUCUGUAGCAUCUUUAUGAAAGUGUACUCAUACAACCAAUGUUUUAACUGAGAACAUAAAAGGAAUGGUUUCUUUGUUGUUGUUAAAUAUAACAUAUUACACUGUUUAAUGGAAACCCUGUUCUUUAAAAAAAGCAAAACUGAUGUCCUUUUUUUGGGAACAAUAUGAAUAUUAUUAAUAACAUAUGGUGCUACGGUUCUUUUUGUAUGUUUUGGUUUUUAGAUGAAAAGAGAAAUAUUAUGCUGAAAAUGUAAUGUUAAGCCUUACUGUAGAUUCAUAUAUCAGACUGUUCA